CAGCAACUUUCACUUCUUGUCUUGUAAGUAUUUCCUUGUGGGUAUUUUUGUAGAAAAGUUUCGUUGUCCGUUAUAUUUGAUAAAAAAAACUGUUAACUCAGAAAUCGGCGUGAUCUCACAAACCUCUCCACAGCCCAGCGAGAGCAGCGAGUCUAGUUCCCAUCAAACUCUUGGCCAGAAAAAGGAAGAAGAACUAAAACUCUCUUCUCCUAGAUCGGAAUGUUUUGAUAAAUUUCAGAAAGUGUGCGGUAUGUGCGGUUGACUCUAUGAUAUGUAGCGUUAUUUUCUAGGCGCCGUCCCAAUUGCGCCGGAUAAUUUUAUAUUGAGGUGUGACGUGUGCAGCUGUGCGAACAUUUUAUCUCCUGGAUUUCAUCCGGCUACAGGAAUAUCCAGCUCGCAAGUUUGAGAAGUUGCUUUAGCUGCGUAGUUGUGUUUGUGCUGUCCGCGAACUUGCCGUAUAGAGGUGAAAAAUGGCGGAUUCGAAUCACUCAUCAGCUUCGAAUCAAAUUAAUCUUGCUGCUGUCAAGCGAGUCGAUCCCUAUGCUAGAGACAUCCUAGAAAAAGCGUCUCAAGUUGCUUUAUAUUCCUUCAAUGGUGAGAAGAACGAGUGGAAAAAGACUGAAGUUGAGGGGGCCUUGUUUGUGUACAGCCGUACCGGAGAGCCCUUUCACAACAUUCUUAUUAUGAACCGCCUUAGCACUCAAAAUCUGAUGGAACCAGUUAUACAAGGGUUAGAUAUUCAAAGACAAGAGCCCUUCUUACUCUAUCGGAACAGUAAGUGCGAUAUCAAUGGAAUCUGGUUCUAUGACAAAGACGAAUGUGUGAGGAUUGCUGAAGUUUUGGACAGAUUGGUUAGAGAGGCGCCUUUAACUAACUGUCCUCCACCUGUCACCAAACCAGUGCCAGUUAGUGCUCCUUUGCACAACAAUAACAACAACAAUAAUGGUACUGAUAUAUUCAGUAUGCUCAGUAAGGCACAAGAAGAUUACUUCUCUAAAAAUGUUUUAUCACCAAACCAUGCUCCAGACACUCAACCUGCUGAAACUCCGCAGACUGUUUUGGAUUUCUUUGCAAAGGCCAGUACAAGCUCAAGCAAACCUGCAGUAGCCCAGUCCCCAGCCCUGUUCAUAGCUCAAGCUCAGCAUGCUGCCCAGAGAGUGCAGGCUCCAGAAGCUCAUGAUCCUAAUUUGAAGCCAAUUUUACAGCGCUUGAAGUCCAAUCCUGUUCACAGUGUUGAGCACAUUGAAAAACAACAGAGAUCAGUUACGCCUCAGCAAGCUGAUGUCCACCCAGAACCUAAGUCUGCUCAGAAAGACCAGAAAAGGAGUGGGUUUAAACUGAAACCGGUGAAAGAAAAUGGUAAAAACAAAGGCCAGAGUGGUCCAGGUGCUAAUCCAGUCAACAAUUCUGCAAUUACAACUGUUACAAACGGAAUAAAUUUCCUAAGAAUCUCACCCACUAAUGUUACUGGGUCGCCUCAACAGGGGGUUUUAGCCUCUCCCCGAACACCAGGAACAUCAGGGCCUAUUUUAGACUCGAGGCCAGAUGUAACACCCAAACCUGCUCUUAUGCCUCCAGUAAUGUUCACAUCAUCACCUGCACAUGAAGCCUCUCUCCAGUCAACGCCACAUUCUCACCAGGCACACAUGACUCUGGGAAAUCAGGUGUCACGAUCACCACCUCUUAAACCUGAACCAUUAACUAAAAAUCAGCUUCUUCAAGCCUUCCACUAUUUGCUGAAAAAUGACCCGGAUUUCGUCAACACACUGCAUGAGGCUUAUGUCAAGUCUUUCGCGGAAAUUGUACCUUAGUCUUGUUUUGCUUGCGAUGACUUGGGCCCUAGUUUGGUAUAAAUUAUUUUACGACUUGUGAUAACCAAUCAUUUAUCUGAUUGGUGUACUCUUUUAUUGGUUGGAUCUAUGGAUUUCUUAAUGGGCUUCAAAAUGAAGCCAGUACACUAUUUUGUUGCCCUCUUUAACUUAGUGGUGUUAUUCCCUGUGACAUAGCAAACCACAAUAACUUGUUUCAAUAUUACAUUCUCUUUCAAGAUUGUAAUGAGUAUGAGUUAUUGUUUCCAAAGUUCUCUGACAUUACAAUGGUGUCUAUGGAGAUGUGGUAUUAGCACAUCAACUUGAAGAUGUGGCAGCUACAUGUGGCUUUCUUUGUCAAGAGUGCCAUUGGUUGACAGUGUGUUAAGCACCAUAUAGCCUUAAAAGUUGACUUCAGAUGGUAGCCUGUCUGAUUUUUUAUAAGUGUAUGCAGUACCUGAGGGAGUGGGUGGUGAGCUGAAAUACUUUCUGUUUUAUGCAUUUGUCUAUUCUCUUUGAUUGAUUCCCUGUACUCCGUGCAGUGAUUGAAACAUUCAUCAUAAAUGUUAAGGUCUUGGUAAAAUGCUAGUUAAAACCAUUCAGCCUCAUUUGCCCCUCUGUAGUGUAAUUUUAUUGUAUUUGAAGUCACUAUUUUUGGAAGAUAUAAUUUGUCUCUUAAAAUGUUUUCUCUUCUUUCUUUCUUUUCUUUUUUUUUUUUUUUCGGUUUUGAAUAAAAAUCAUACCUAACUUUGUUGUAGGUAUAUCUUAAGUUUGAUGUGAUAACUUUAUGAAUCAUCUGGAAAUGAUCUUUAUAGAGAUGGCAAGUUAAGUUCUGCAGUCUGUAGAUUUGUUGAACUUAAGAAAUGUGAUGUAGUUUGUUCAUGGCAUAAUCUUCAAAUAUGUUCCUUAUAUUUUAGAAAAUCUGAAUUUACUAUAGAUGAUGUGGUUUGUAAUGUAAUUUGUUUGGCCUUACUAUGUGACAACUAAUUGACCAUUUCAUUUUGUUUUCAUUGUUUCUUUUAUAAAAUUAAGGUGUAUUGUUCCAUAGCAUUUUCUCUUGUAAUUUUUUUUCUCAUAGUUCUUUCUUUGAGGUCAACAAUAAAGCACAUAACUUAGUAAAAAUGUUCCGUUUGCUCAUAAGUGGUUAUGUACAGCUGUAUCUUCAAACAGCCAUCUUCAUUCUUGAUUUUCUAAAAGUAUAAUGUUAAACUUCAAUGUUUGAACCAUUAUAGGAUAUACAUAUGUUUUUAGUGUGAAGAAAAUGAAGGAGGCACAUUUUAUUUGUUCUCUCAAGUUACAGCCUUGUAACAUUUUACUAGUAGCUGUGUGGUAAGCCAAGGGCCAAUAUUUUCCCUCUUGAAAAAAGGGAAUAAAGGUUUUUGGUUGUUUUUUUCUUCAUUUUUGCAUUAUGCAAUUUUUUUAUUGUGUUUGAGAAUUAGCUUUCCCCUAUGUUCUAAGCAUUGGGCAUUAUUCAUUUCCAAUCAAUCACUCAAAAUUAUAUUUUAAAAUUGUAAUUAUCAAGCUUGUUUAUGUUUUUGAGAAAAACUAAGAAUAGCUAUUGAUGUAUGUGCCAACGAGUAGAGCAUAUGUAUGAUUUGCAUAAAGCCAUUAGGUUGUAUCAAUUUUCUCCCCCUUAGAAAUUGUUUUCUAUGAUUGCAAUGAUCAAAUUGAGUAUUUUAAGUCAUAUGUGGGAAUAUGCCAAUGAAAGCAUUGGUGUUGAGUGUUGUGACUGUGAAACAGAUGAGACCCACGACCCACCUCUGUAUUGCUUACGCAACAGGCCGUAUGUUUUGUGCACCACAGGUUAUGGGGAUCCAUAUACUACUGUUAAUGACAGAAGCUGUAAUUCUAGAAUAAAAGCUGGCAAGGAAGUACUACUAA